GGAUUAAUUCUGCAUAAAAAUUAAGUUCCCUUAUCGUGAAAUUUCCAUUUUAUGGAUGCGAAUGCAGAUUCGAGUUUCGUUCCUCCGCUAAUUUAUUCUCUCCUGGGGAGUUCUAGGCAUGUUGCUGUUGGUCCGGUGUCUAUAGCAUCUUUGAUAAUGGGAACAAUGCUUAGUGAAAGUGUUUCCGGUGUUGAAGACCCAAUUCUCUACCUUAAAUUGGCCUUAACUGCUACUUUCUUUGCCGGUUUGUUUCAGGCAUCUCUGGGUCUACUAAGGUUAGGGUUUGUGAUUGAUUUUCUGUCGAAGGCUACUCUUGUUGGGUUCAUGGCUGGUGCGGCUGUCAUUGUGUCAUUACAGCAGCUAAAGGGAUUGCUUGGAAUUGUUCAUUUUACUGGAAAGAUGCAAUUGAUACCAGUAAUGACAUCUGUAUUAAAACACAGAAAAGAGUGGUCUUGGCAAACGAUCGUAAUGGGAUUCAGUUUCCUGGUGUUUCUUUUGACGACGAGGCAUAUUAGCAUGAGAAAACCAAAGCUUUUCUGGGUAUCAGCAGCCACCCCAUUGGCCUCAGUUAUUCUCUCUACUCUAAUCGUCUUCUGCAUCAAAUCAAAGGCUCGUGGAAUCUCAUUUAUUGGCCACUUGCCAAAGGGGUUGAAUCCACCUUCUUCAAACAAGUUAUACUUCAAUGGACCUUUUCUGGCAUUAGCCAUCAAGACAGGCAUUGUCACCGGUAUCCUGUCUCUCACGGAAGGAAUUGCAGUGGGAAGGACCUUUGCUGCAAUAGAGAACUAUCAAGUUGAUGGAAACAAAGAAAUGAUGGCCAUAGGUCUCAUGAACAUAAUAGGUUCCUGCACUUCAAGCUAUGUUACAACAGGAUCAUUUUCUCGGUCUGCUGUAAACUACAAUGCUGGAGCACAAACUGCAGUUUCCAACAUAAUAAUGGCUGCCGCCGUGGUUGUUACACUGCUGUUUCUGAUGCCAUUAUUCCACUACACCCCUGAUGUCGUCUUAGCAGCUAUCAUCAUAACAGCCGUCAUCAGUCUUAUCGACUAUCAGGCUGCAUUCAGAUUAUGGAAAGUCGACAAGAUAGAUUUCUUGGCUUGUUUGUGUUCCUUCUUCGGGGUUCUUUUCAUCUCAGUGGCUCUGGGGCUGGCUAUUGCAGUAGGAGUUUCGGUUCUCAAAAUACUCUUACAGGUCACCAGGCCAAACACCAUGGCCUUGGGCAACAUCCCGGGGACACAGAUAUACCAAAGCCUCAGCCGAUACAGAGAAGCUUUGAGGGUGCCUUCGUUUCUCAUACUAGCAAUCGAAUCUCCAAUAUACUUUGCUAAUUCUAGUUACAUUCAAGAGAGGAUACUAAGGUGGGUUCGGGAAGAAGACGAGUGGAUAGAGGCAAACAAAGAGUGCAAAUUGGAAACCAUAAUCCUCGAUUUGACUGCUGUCACGGCCAUUGACACAAGCGGCAUUGAAACAAUUGGCGAACUGAGGAAGAUGCUGGAGAAAAGAUUACUUAAGCUUGUGUUGGUGAAUCCUGUUGGAAGCGUGAUGGAGAAGUUGCAUCAGUCCAAAAUCCUGGAAUUGUUCGAGUCCAACGGACUCUACCUCACAGUGGGGGAAGCGGUGGCUGACAUUUCAUCAUCAACGAUGUCUCAGCCCUAACUUCUAGUAAAAUGCAGAAAUGACUAACCCUUUUUGGAUCUUGGAAGCCUAGCAAUAGAAGUUAGGGAUAGUACUAGAAUUUCUUUUUCUUCUUAAUAGAAAUCCAAAAUGUAAUCCUAGACAUACCGUUUAGAAUGAAAUUUUGAACUUUUC